GCGGGAUGACCGCCGCAUACCAAGCUGUUCAAGGUCGUUGGGAUGAAACGGCGGUUAACUUUGAGUGGGCCUGGCUCUAUCAUUCUCCCCUUAACAUUCAAGUAAUGGCUCACCCCAUUGUUGACGAACGUCUUGGGAAAGAUUACCCAAAAGAGCUGUUGUUACAAAAGCAUUUGAAGUUCUUAGUUAGAUGCAAAAGUGAGAAUGACAGCACUUUAGACUAUUGCAGAAUGUCUGGAAUCUACUGGGUUCUUACUGCUCUCGACUUGCUCGAUGCGCUGUCAGAAGUAGAUGAAAAUGAAAUAGUUGAAUUUGUACUGAGUUGUCAGAAAACGUGUGGCGGUUUCGCUCCGUGCCCCAAACAUGAUGCACAUCUGCUCUCAACCUUAAGCGCUAUCCAGAUACUUGCAAUGUAUGAUUGCUUAAACAGAGUGAAUGUUGAGGCCGUGUGUGCAUUUGUUUCCAAAUUACAGCAACCAGAUGGAAGUUUCGCUGGAGAUAUUUGGGGGGAAAUUGACACUCGGUUUUCAUUUUGUGCCGUUGCUACACUGCAUAUAGUUGGAAUGCUUUCCAAAAAUACUAUCGACAUCGAAGCUUGUGCUUCAUACCUUGAAAAGUGUCAAAAUUUAGAUGGAUGUUUUGGAACUCGACCUGGAAGUGAAUCUCAUGCAGGUCAAGCAUAUUGUGUCGUGGGAGCUCUGGCUAUACUUCGUCAACUACAUCGAUUAAAUAUAGACCGUGCUGCUUGGUGGCUAGCCGAACGUCAGCUUCCUAGCGGAGGUUUAAAUGGAAGACCGGAAAAACAUCCUGAUGUGUGCUAUUCAUGGUGGACUGUAGCUACUCUUACUAUAUUUGGUCGUUUGACAUGGAUUAACCAGACUGACCUUACUCGGUUCAUUUUGGCUUCUCAAGAUGACCAGACUGGCGGUAUAGCAGAUAAACCUGGAAAUAUUCCUGACCCAUUCCAUACUUUAUUUGGUCUUGCUGGUCUCUCUUUAUUAGCCCAGGUCGACUCAUAUUUCUCCUCACCAAGGAAAAUGGAAAAUGGAGUAAGUGGUGGUGUAGAAGAUCCAGCCUUUGUCGCUUUACAAAUGGCUAGAAAUAAGUUGAAGACUAUUAAUCCAGUAUUAUGUAUGCCCCAAUACAUAAUAGAUCGAUUGCAGCUCAAAUUUCAACUACUGUAAAUAUUUUCUACCUACUGCAGACUUAUGUUGUAUUUUAAGUUUUUUCUACUGGCUCUAAACAUUUCAUCCUACUACUUGAAGCUUAUAAUUGUUGCUCUUAACAAAAUUGUGGUUCAAGUGUACUGCUGAUCAAAGCGUUUGGGAAUCAGUACUUUAAUAUAUUGUAAUGCGUACUUCUGACAUCCUCAACAUCAAUCUGUUUGUGGUCUUUCGUUAUUUGUACAGUCCCUGUGAUGUUCUUUUAAAACAUACCUCUUGUAACAAAAUUUUCAAAACAAAGAUUUUGUAUUUUUUCUUGUUUUUAAUUAGAACCAGCUAAACACUUCAAUUAAAGUUAACAGGAAACCAUCAGUAGUCGUGUAUGUAUGACCAAGUAUCCUCCUGUGUAUGCUUCGUGAUAGUAUUACUACUGAUGGAAUAGGAUUUUUUUAGGCAAUUAGUCGAACAUAUCAUAGUCUUUAAAUUUUGAAUGUUCUGGAUUAGCUUACAAUAAAGUGAAACAUGGUUCUGUAUAUAUUUAAAAUUUGUUGAUACAGAAAUAUAUUUAUACGGAUAAGAAACUCCAGUUUUUAACUGAUUGGGAAAUCGUAUGCAAUUCAAAGAAUUUGUUAAUAUAUUUCUUUAUUGAACAUCAUGGAAACGUUUUCUGAGGAUUGGAUUUAUUGUUUAUCUUUAGCAGUUUUUAAUGCUCCUAAAUAAUCGACACAUUUUUCAAACUGUUUUCUUCACUGGUAAAUGUGGAAGCAUAAGUGCUCCCAGCUUUUCAAUGGUUGUCCGACAUGUUUCGGUUCGUGAUCUCAAUAAAAUUCAACAAUCUCCGCAACCCCCAUAUUGUUAUUUUCUCACUUGUACAAAUCAAUCCUUCGGUAAUUCCAUAGAAAUUAUCUAAAGUGCAUUUUAGGAUUUGUAACGGAUUCUUAGUGUCGCGUGAUGUAGACUUUUCUUUUUCAAACUAUACUAUAUAGUUUUGUUUUUGACUUAUAAUAUGUAUUUGAUUCUAUCGUAUUUAUUCACACGAAAUUAUAAAUUAGUCAUAUCACUGUUUAAGAUUCACUUCGAGAUUUUUCCGAAAUUCGGUAUGCUUUUAUUAUGAGCUUGUAAGAGUAAGAAGCAUUCACCGAAAUUAGAAUGUUGAGACGUGAGGGAAGGAUCUCAGACGUUAGUUGCUACAAUUCUAUAUAUUUAAGGGAUUCGUUUGACAUCCAACAGUAUAAACUGCUUUGUUGUCUACAUGAUUGGUGAAGUGGUGGCUUAUUGGUUCAAUUUUCGGCAAAUAAUUUCCAGAUUCGAAAUCUUCCCAGUCUAUUUCGGUUUGGGCAUCUGGGUAUUAUCAUUAACCUUCACAUAGUGUGGCUCAUAUUCAAGUACCUGGAGAAGGUAAUUCAAUUAACUUUAACUACACGACCAUCGAUAGUAAGGUGACUGGUUUUUUAUGGAUUUAUCCGGCCUAACUCAAAUAUUCCAACGCUGUCCGACGACGAAAAUGCUAAUUUUAUAGCUUCAAAGUACCCACUUUAAUUAAAUAUAAUAAUGAAUAAUAUAAUACAGUAAAUUCAAAUGACUAUAUAUCCCUAAAGGUUUAGGAAAGUGAGAGAAGGUUAACGACAUUUAUACGAUAGAUUCAUUGCCAUGAAUGUAUUUUUGCAUAUUAAAAUUUCUAUUAAAAUAAAUCUCACAUUUAGUAAGAUGAACUGUGAUACAAUACAGAAAGAGUUGUCACCAUAAUUUCAUGUCAGCUUGUUAGAAAAAAAGUAUUAAGAAGCCAUUUUAUAGUUUGUAACUCCUCAGCAGUGUGUACUCAUAAGACAUAGAAUAGACGGCUUUCUUGAUUUUCGAUAUGAAGGAUAAGUUCAGAUCAUUGAUUUGAAAUUCACUAGAUCAUCAUUCAUUUUACGAAUAAAAGUGACUGAGUCAUUCACAAAAUAGCGAAGCUAAAUGACUGAGUAUCUACCAUUACUCUAUACUUUUAAUAAUAGACUCUAAUCCUAACAACUUAUCACCUCAUACUACCUAUAAACAUACAAAAAUACGAUUAGUAUCAAAUUCUUAUUGGACCACUGAUUUAUUUGUUUGUUAAUUUUUGAACUAUGAGGCUGUACAUUAAAGAGAGAAAAAAAGCUAAAUAAACAAUGUCUAAAUGCGAAAGAUGUUUUAUUUAUUUUGUUUUUUAAAAGGAAACUAUGAUCACUCUUUGUCAAUUACGUUUAUUCAUUUAUAUGUUUCUGAAACAAUGGACCUGAUGAGAAUAGAGUCUAUAUUAGUAAUAAUAAUAAUAACCACAAUAUCAUUUUAAGUUGAUUUAUGUUAUACAUUUUUUAAAUAUUUAUAUAUGUAUCAUUAAACAAUAGUCUCCUUUUCAAAUGAAACUUUAUCAACAUUGAUUAAUUUCCAUUGAAACUAUAAAUAUACAGUUGAAAUCAGAUCUCAGCAGUAAACAAUAAAUUUAUGAAAAAGAAGUAUGUAAACUUGUGAGGGUACAGUAAUACAAAUUGAUAGUAAUUCAAGAUAAGAGAAAAUAUCUAUAAUUGAAAGGUUAAUUAGUAUUAUUCAGUAGGAAAAAAGUAACAAACAAAUUGGCGCCAAUUUUUAGUAUAUUAUCCACUUCAUGUAAGAAAUAUAUAUAUAACUGUUUGAGAUAAAAAAUACCAGAGGCCUCAAUAUUUUAGGUUAGAUUCUUCCACCAGAGUAUAUCUUUAGUAAUCAAAUAAUUAUAAUACUGUUAUUGAUCACAAACUUCAUGUUUUAUAUAG